AAUCAGAUUGAUCUACAGUCCAACAGCAACUCCAAAGUGAAUCUGGGGGUGGGGGGAGCCACAGUGUAUCCAGCAGCACAUAGCUGCAGCCUCUGAAAGGAAUUCUGACAAGGUAAUUAUUAAGCACAAUCAUUGAGACAGCGUAGGAAGGGGGAGCGAGGCUGAGAGCAGGAAAGGUGAUUUUUAUUCACACUUCUGGGAGGGAACCCAAGCGGCAUUAGCUGGCUGGAUGUAGCCACAACCUGUUUGGCUUCCACUCUGCCCUCGGGGCCUCCGCAGGCACGGUCCUCUAGGAAACCAAAUGGGAGGGGACGCCUCUUUCAGAAAGGUCAUUGGGACUCUGGGAGCUCCUGCGGGUCCCUGCGUUCUUCUGAGGAGACAUGCAGGCAAGAGCCAGGGCUAGUUAGCAAGGGCAGCCUGGGCUGCCUCUCCUGGCUGGCCGCCCCCACUUCAAGGACAAGGAUGAAGCGGCAGGCAUUUUGGACUGGACUGGAGUACUCCUGUCGAUUCUUGGGCAUCUCCACAGCAGCAGUGCUAAUCGGCGUGGGAAUUGAAACUUUACUCCAAGGACAAUUCAAAAGCCUGGCUUUCUAUCUUCUAUUUUCAGGGACCGCAGUCUCUAUAUGUGAAGGGUCUUACUUUGUGGCUAAACUGCUUUCAAUCUGCUUCAGGUGCCAACCAGAAUCUCUGGCCUAUGUCUUAUGGGAAAAGGCCUGCAAGCUGGGUUGCUUCCAGAAAUUCCUGGGCUAUGUGCUGCUUUCUGUUGCCUGCUUUUUGCAUCCAGUGCUGGUCUGGCACGUGACCAUCCCAGGGUCUAUGCUGAUCAUCACUGGUCUGGCAUACUUCCUCCUGAGCAAACGUAAGAAAAACAAAACUGGUUGUACUCCAGAGCAAUACACAGACCCCUCUGCUAGUGCUGUGAGCACCACAGGACACGGGGAUACCGAGCAAACAUACACCUUCCACAGCUCCUUCAGGGAAGAGCCAACCUCCCUCUUUGUCCGUAUGAAAAGCAUCUUGAAGGGGAACCAGAAGUCUCCCCCAGCCAGGCCUCCAGACACACUGAUGGAGCUGGUUCUGGAGCCAGCUGAUUUGCUGCCUGGAAAAAAGCAGGUGCACUUUGAAGAGAAGGUGGUCAAAAUCAUCCCCUCUAUCACCGAGAGCCUGGAUGACAGAGACAGUGAACCAGAGGAAACCACAUCUGAUACGGUGCCCAUCAUUCCCCCUCCAGAGGCCCCUCUUCUUAUGUCCUCUCUUGCAUCCACAGGCUUGUUUUGAAGAGUAUUUAGGAUUCCCCUUCCAUUACUCAUCACAGAGGGCCCAAAAGGGAUUCCCCCAAAAGUUUCAAUUCAUAUUCCCACUCCUGUAAGAGCCUUUGAGUUUCAAAGACUCUCCAAGGAAUUUAUGAGGUUUCAGAAGGAUUUGGGUGUCAGAGGUCCCCAUGGAACUUAUGGAGUCUCCAAGGAUAACCCUACAAAGAUGGACCAGCAUCCCCUGAUGUAUGGUUAAUAAAGCUCAUUUCCUCUUAUUUUAGAUUUUAGGUUGAAAUCUGGCCUCACACACUUUCUAAUUAUGUGACCCUGGGCAAGUCACUUAACCCCAUUUGCCUAACCCUUACUCUUCUGUCUUGGAUUUAAAGGACUUUUAAAAAAGACUGUAUUCAGUCCCUCAGGCAAGAAAUAGUCUAUAACUAGAGUAGCCUUGUAUUGGUCAUCCAAGACCAUAUAUCUCAGAUGUAGUUUACCAGGGAAUCCAUGUGCCUUUUAAAAGAGCACAAAAGAUAUAUGAUCUUGUUGAAUUUAGAGUCUGUCAAGAGGAUUUAUUAAUCAGACACUUCCCAGCCGUGUGACCCUGGGCAAGUCACUUAACCCUCACUGCCUAGCCCUUAUUGCUCUUCUGCCUUGGAACCAAUACACAGUAUUGAUUCCAAGAUGGAAGGUGAGUUUAAAAAAAAAAAAAAAGAGGAUUUAUUAAGCACCUCCCGUGUGCUUUGGGGCCAAAAGGAGCUAUAAAGGAAGCACAGUCAGUGUUCAUUUUUGAAAGUUGGCCACCAGAUGAUGAAUCUUAUUGGUUUUGAUGGCUCACCAAAAGGACAAACAUCCCCACUUUUAAAAGGAAAACAAAAGUCUGAAUGAGAAAAUGAGAAUUUCAUAACAAUUCUCAGGUAAUUCCCCAGGUAACACCACCAGUUUCUAGUUUCCAAAGAGGGAAGUCCUUUAAUCUAAGAGGAACUGAAGACAUUUAUAAUUCAUCUGCUGUGAUAUCAUGACACAAGCCAUUAAUUCCAAGCAUUUUGCAUGAGGAAAUUCAAUAUGGAGAAAGACUCCACAGAAACUAUUGACAGCAGGAACUCUAGUGACCGUGCUGGGAGUUGGGCAUGACGUCCUCUGAUUGUCAGGAUUGUGUGAUGAAGUCUUUUCAUCCUGCAAGAGUUCUCUGGCUUAUCAGCAUGUCCUGGAUAAGAGGAAUAGUCUUGAAUCAGUGACAAACCUGAAUUAGCAAACACUCAUAAGCAAGUGAAAGACCACAGGUCAGCCCAGGAAAUCAACCCCACUGAUCAACAAAGUCUCUAAAGAGCUUUGCUUUAAUAAGGAAAAUGCUUCAUAAUGAACAUUUCAAUUGUCCAUGUGUUCUAAGGUUCUGAAAAACAGUUCAUCUGCUUUUGACAAACAAAAAACCUCCCCCACCAUUCCCUUUGCACUAUUAAUUUGCACUUUCUACAGAGAUUGAGUAAACAGAAGAAGAGAGAGGAAGGAAUAGUAGAGAAGGUGGAUGAGGAGAAGGGAGCAACUGAAAGUCUGUGGGACAGGAUGAGAGGGAACAAUGGAGCUGGGAAAGGAAGAUUGGGCAUGGGAGUUGGAGGGACAAAGAGUGUUGGGCUACAUGCUCCAGCCUACAUUCCUUAGGGCUUUUGCUCUGGCCUAUAGAAGGGUCAUAAGCUCUUGCCAGCUACAGAUCUCCUGGACCAAGGCCAUAUCCCCAUCCCUUAAUACUGGAAAGAGGACUGAAGCCCAGGCAUCUAAUGCCACCUUCACCUCUAACUACCAGUAUGCUCUUAGGGAAGUGAUUUUCCCUCUCAAUCUCAAUUUCUUCAUCUAAACAGAAGACAGAGGGGGCAGCUGGGUAGCUUGAGAGUCAGGCCCAGAGAUGGGAGGUCCUGGGUUCAAAUAUGGCCUCAGACACUUCCCAGCUGUGUGACCCUGGGCAAGUCACUUAACCCCCAUUGCCUAGCCCUUACCACUCUUCUGCCUUGGAACCAAUACACAGUAUUGAUUCCAAGACAGAAGGUAAGGGUUUAAAUUUUAAAAAUAAAUAAAUAAUGAAUAAAAAUAAAAGGAAAGGCAUAAAUUAAAUGACCUAGAAGGUUCCUUUUACCUCUGUAUUCUCAUCAAUCUCACAGUCAUCAAAUCUAAAUGAAUGGAGUUUUGUGUCACCUUAGAGGAAAACAAUGUAAACACCAUAAGAACUCCAUUUUCUCUAAUAAUGAGGAUCUAUAUAGAUAGAGAGAGAAGAAGUGACUAAAAUGCUGGAAGCAUAAGUUGGAGAGUGAUGAAGGAGUUUGUUGAAUUUUGAAAUGGAUUGCUCAUCACAGAUGAUCCCCUUUGGGGAAGAUCCCAAAGGAGGGAUUCACAACCAGAAGUAAAGAGAGGGAACAAACUGCCACAAUGUCAUUUAGAGAUGUGAUCAUGGGAAGUUUGAAUAUUUCAAGGAUGGAACCUCAGUGCCAGGAAGAUCCAAAUUCAAGUUAUUAUUCCAAUGACAGACAAACUGCCUGUGUGAUUCCAGUAAAUUAUUUAACUUCUCAGAAUUCAAGUCAUCUCUCUAAGGUUGUAAAUUGCAAGGAAGAUGCUGACCAAUAGAAGGAGUUUCCUUAACCAGAAGUUCCCAAUAAUGAAGAAAUUAGAGGUCUAAGACUAUCCCUAUAUAUCAAUAAAACCCAGAUAUUGCAGAUAUCCAGGUGUUGAACUCAACUACAUGUCAGUACCACUGAAUUUAGCAGGGGACUUCUUUAACUUUGUGAAACUGGACUCAUGGGAGUAGAAAGGCUUAGAGUAGGGACGGGGGUGAAUUACUCUCAGCCCAUCAUGCUAAGUUUUAAUAAACACUUGAAAAAACA